AUGACUGCAGCUGUAGAGCGGAAGUUUGUUAAUUUAAGGAAACGAUUGGAUCAGUUGGGAUACCGACAACCACUGGGAGUAGAAAGUUUGCCUCUGGUGGAAAAACUUUUCAGUGACCUCGUUCAUACAACCGAGAGCCUCCGGAGCACAAAGUUAUCUGCCGGUAAAAUUGAAAAAGAAUGCAGUAACUUUGACGUCGUUCUAGGACCUUAUCGAGAAGAAAAUGCCAGGCUCACACGUGAAAAUAAUGAAUUGCACUUAGAAGUUCUGAAAUUGAAAGAGCAAUUCGAAAAACAGGAGUUAUCUUCCUAUCGCAGAGAAAAAGAAAAAUUGAGUGAAGAACUCUUUGGAAAAACAGAGGAAAAACAAAAUCUUGACAUACUAUUAAACCAGACUCAAGUAGAAAACCACAGAUUGUCCAAAAAAGUUGAAAACCUUGAAAUUAUAAAUCGGGAACUUGUCAUAGAGCUGGAGAGAAUGAGGCUUGAGGGUGGCAUAGCACUUGGAGACAAGUCCCCUUCUCGCCUAGAUGCAUUUGUGAAGACCAUAGAAGAAGACAGGGACUAUUAUAAGCGAGAACUAGAGUGUCUCCAGAAGAUAUUUAAAAGAAGAUCUAGCCCAUUAAGUGAAGACCUUAGGUUAGUUAUACGAGAGAGAGAUGAGCUACAGUCUAUGCUAGACAGAUUUGAAAAGCAUAUGAUAGAAAUUCAGUCUAAUGUCAAACUACUAACUGUAGAAAAAGAUAAAUUAAGUAUCCUUUAUGAACAGUCUCAGAAUGAAUUAAACCAUCUACGGAGAGAGAAAAAAACCUGUUUUCUAACAAAAAAUCAUGCAGAAGAAGAAAGAAAUAUUGCAUUGGCUGAUUUUAGAAGAGUAGUAUCAGAGAAAGAAGGACUAAGGGAGAAAUUAAAGAUCCAGCAGGAGGAAUAUACUUUAGAUAAAUUAAAAUUGGAACAGGAAGUAUCAAGAUUGGAAAGCACUCUGAAAAGAUUGGAGACAGAACGUCUUGAUCAAAUAUCUACAGUGUCAUUGUUAAAAGACAAAAUAAGCUCUUUGGAAGAUGAACUAAGCAUUAAGACUCAUCAGCUCUUAAACACAUCUGAAGAUUCUUCACAGUAUAAGACAGAAUUGAGUUCACUAAAACUAUUAAAUGAACAGAUUCAGAAAUCCCUAGAUGAGAUACAGCACCAACUGUCUUUUAAAGAAAAUGAACUUCAAUCAGCUCAAGAGGAAAUUGAGAUAUUAGAGAACAAAAUAGAUACACUCAAUACUAAGAGCUCAUCGCAAAGUGAGACUGUCAUUCUGCUCAGAAGUACUGUUAAUGCCUUGGAUAAGGAAAAAGAUAGCCUUCAGGAAAGCAUAGAUGAAAAAACUGAAAGAAUUGCAUAUCUAGAAGACAAUUUAGCUAACAAGGAAAAGACUCUCCUCAACUUACAAAAAACAGUUGCUCAGUUGGAAUUGUCUUUAGACCAAUUAAAGGAUGCCUUAAAUGGAAAAGACCGUGAACUUGCCAGUCUCCACCGCCAGUUUGAUGCAAUACAUUCAGAGCUUGGAGAAACUGGCAGAAUAAAAGAAAUGGCUUUGAAGGAAAACAGAAGAUUACAGGAUGAUCUAGCCACAAUGACUAGAGAAAACCAGGUAAUCUCGACUGAAUUGGAAGUAACGUUACGUGAAAAAGAAGAACUGAAAGUUAGAGUUCAUAAUUACAUUACUGAAGUGUCCAGAUUUGAAAGUUUAAUGUCCUUAAAGGAAAGAGAAAAUAAAGAAUUAUUGGAGAAGUUCCAGAUGCUUCAUAGCCAAGCCGAAGAUUGGGAAGUGAAGGCCCAUCAAGCUGAGGGACAAAACAGCUCAGUACGAUUAGAGCUCCUUUCAAUUGACACUGAACGAAGACAUCUGAGAGAAAGAGUAGAAUUACUGGAAAAAGAAAUUCAAGAGCACAUCAUUGCACAUCAAACUUACGAAUCUCAAAUCUCUUCAAUGGCAAAAAAUAUGUCCAAGCUGGAAGAAAUUCUCAGACGUGAAAAAGAAGAAAAAUCUUCAAUAAAUCACGAUGUGUCUGCCGUUAGAGAUCUAUGUGUCAAACUGGAAUCUAGCAAAGAUCUGGUCUCACGUCAAUUAACAUCCAAAUCUCUGGAGUUUGAGAGGAUUGUGUCUGAAUUUGAAGAUGCAAAGGCAGAAGGAGAGCUGUUAAAAAAGCAAUUGUCAAGUGAGCGGCUUACAAUACAAAACUUGGAAACGCUCUUGGCUACCAGCAGAGACAACGAUUUUCAGAAUCACUUGAUAACCCAUGAAAAGGAUUCAGAGAUACAGUUGCUCAAAGACAAGUUAACUCUCUCAGAGAGUAAAUUAACAAGUCUCAGUAGAGAAGUUUCUAUACUGCGAAAUAAACUUGCACAGCU